GCAGCAAAUGUGCAUUUGUUGAUCUAGCGUAGAAUUUUUGGUCGCGGAGGAUGGCGAGAACUUGGCGGAGAUGAUGAAGGUGGGACUCGAAGGUGGGGCUAAAAACAAGGAUGUCGUCGAGGUAGAUCACGACACAGACUUCGAGGAGGUCGCUAGAGAUGUGGUUCAUGGUGGAUUGGAAUAUGGCGGGGGCGUUAGUGAGACCGAAAAGCAUUACGAGAAACUCGUGGUGCCCGAAGCGGGAGCAGAAGGCGGUCUUGUGGGUGUCCUCCUCGCGGAUGUGGAUCUGGUGGAAGCCGCUGCGGAGGUCGAUCUUGGUGAAGUAUUUGGCUCCACGCAGGCGAUGAAGAAGUUCGGAUAUCCGGGGAAGCGGAUACUUGUUCUUGAUCGUGAUCCGGUUCAAAGUGCGGUAGUCUGUGCACAUGCGGAGUUCCGAGGUGCCGUUCUUCUUGACGAAGAGACAGCUGGUUCCGAAGGGGGAGGAGCUAGGCUUAAUGAAUCCUUUUUCAAGGAGUUCAUUGAGCCGGCGCUUCAUUUCUUCGGCCUCCGGGAUGGAGAGCCGCUGGCGGCAACGGAAACAACCGUCGUUGGCCUGGAGGAAGGCGCGUUCGGCGGUGGUGAGCUUUUUGCGACGAGGGGGUCGGGGGGAGGAGGAAGGUUGGGAGGCCAGGCGUUGCCGUUCCAUCCUCAUGAGAUGGACAGCCUGGAAGUCUUCCUCGCGGAGGUGAGGAAGGCGAUCAUGGUGGAGAAGGCGGGUAAGGAGAUCGGUGAGAGGGAGCUCGGGCUCAUGGGCGAGGGCUGCGGCGAGGUGGGGGAAGCAUACCCGCUUGAUGCGGGAGAUGAAGACGUAGUCCGGAAUGAUAGUCGACGGGAUGUGGAGGCGGAGGGAGCGAACGUAUUGGAUGAAUCGCUCGGCAUUUUGAAUUUGAGAGAGGAAAAGGAGGACACCCUAGUGGGGGAGGCCGGAGAACGUCGCGAUAUCGGUGGCGCGGAAGGAGCGGGCUAUGUCCCCGUUGCGGGGGACAAUGCAAGCGAGGGUGUUGAAGUUGCGGUCGUCGGGAGAGGUCGUAGCAGUGACGACGACGGGGAUCUAGGCAGCAACGAAGAUCGUGGCAACGGGGAGGGUCACGGCAGCGGCAAGAUCACGGCGGCGACGAAGGUCUCGGCAACGACGAAGAUUGCGGUGGCGUCGAAGGUCACGGCGGCGAUGGGGGAGCGAACUGCUCCGAUACCAGUGUAACGAGCGCAAAGGCAGAGGACGAGGAGGGAGCAGAGGGAGAGAGAGAGUGAGAGCACACACACAUACACUCACUCACUCACACGACUGAACUCGACCGGACGCAAACCAGAGGCUGAGGCACAAAGUCGAAGUCUUGGUUUCGAAGGCCAGAGUAG